GCCAAAGCUCCUUGGUCCGUGACUCAGGGAAUAUAGAGUGAUUUUCAUUUCCAUCACUCUUUGCUGCUUGCUUCUCCAGAAUAUCUGACCAUGUCGAAUGUAAACACGGCAGGGAUGGAUCCGACCAAGAUGGGGGUCGGCCGGGCAAUUGCAGUACUGACUUCAGGUGGAGAUGCCCAAGGAAUGAAUGCAGCUGUGAGGGCCACUGUCAGAGUUGGCAUGUACACUGGAGCUAAAGUUUACUUCGUACAUGAGGGCUACCAGGGAUUGGUUGAUGGAGGGGAUCAUAUCCGUCUUGCUACCUGGGAAAGUGUAUCCAUGAUGCUACAGCUGGGUGGUACAGUCAUUGGCAGUGCCCGAUGUAUGGAUUUUAAGGCCAGGGAGGGGCGUUUGAAAGCUGCCUAUAAUCUUGUCAAGCUGGGCAUCACUAACCUUUGUGUUAUUGGUGGAGAUGGUAGUUUAACUGGUGCCAACAUGUUUCGUACUGAAUGGAGCGACUUACUUAAAGAUCUAGUUACCAAAGGACGUAUUACCAAGGAGGAAGCCAAGAAUUCAUCUCAUUUGAACAUUGUGGGCAUGGUAGGAUCCAUCGACAAUGACUUUUGUGGAACGGAUAUGACCAUCGGUACAGACUCUGCCCUGCAUCGUAUCAUUGAGGUGGUAGACAGCAUAACCACAACGGCACAGAGUCACCAACGUGCUUUCAUCCUGGAGGUCAUGGGAAGACACUGUGGUUAUUUAGCUCUGAUUACUGCUCUUGCCUGCGGUGCUGACUGGGUAUUUAUCCCCGAGAUGCCCCCAGAUGAUGGGUGGGAGGAGCACUUGUGCAGAAGACUCACAGAGACCAGAAACAUGGGUUCUCGUCUGAAUGUGAUCAUUGUGGCUGAAGGUGCAAUCAACAAAGAAGGAAAACCUAUCACCUGUGAUCAACUAAGAGAGUUGGUGACAAAAAGGUUGGGCUUUGAUACUCGUGCCACUAUCUUGGGUCACGUGCAGAGAGGCGGCACACCCUCAGCUUUUGACAGAGUACUGGGCAGCAGAAUGGGGGUGGAGGCCGUGAUGGCUCUGUUGGAAGCGACUCCAGAAACCCCUGCAUGUGUGGUCAGCCUCUCCGGUAACCAGGCUGUCAGACUUCCCCUGAUGGAGUGCGUGCAAGUGACCAAGGAUGUCACUACUGCCAUGAAUGAACGGCGAUUUGACGACGCUGUGAAACUCAGGGGAAGGAGUUUUGAAAAUAACUGGAAUACAUAUAAACUCUUGGCACAUGUUCGGGUACCGGACACCAAGAGUAAUAUUAAUGUGGCUAUUUUGAACGUGGGGGCUCCCUGCGCUGGCAUGAACGCUGCUGUGCGUGCGGCUGUCAGGAUUGGCAUCAUUCAGGGCCACAAUAUGCUGGGAGUUCAUGAUGGUUUUGAGGGCCUGGCAGAGGGAAAGAUUGAGCCUAUAACCUGGAACAGUGUUGGAGAUUGGAUAGGAAAAGGUGGCUCUGUGUUUGGCACCAAACGAGUAUUACCUGGAAAGUACAUGGAGGAGAUCAGCUUAAAUAUUGCCAAGUUCAAUAUUCACGCUUUGGUCAUCAUUGGGGGUUUUGAGGCGUAUUCAGGUGGACUGGAGCUAGUUCAGGGAAGAGAGAAAUAUGAAGAGUUGUGUAUUCCCAUGGUGGUCAUUCCUGCUACUGUGUCUAACAACGUUCCUGGCUCUGAUUUCAGUAUUGGAGCCGACACAGCCCUUAACACCAUCACAACGACCUGUGACAGGAUCAAGCAGUCAUCAGCAGGCACUAAGCGGCGUGUGUUUAUUAUUGAGACUAUGGGAGGAUACUGCGGGUAUCUUGCUACCAUGGCUGGCCUCGCUGCAGGAGCAGAUGCUGCUUAUAUAUACGAGGAGAAAUUCGGCAUUCGGGACUUGGAGGCAAAUGUGGAGCAUCUUGUUGAGAAGAUGAAAAGCACAGUUAAGAGAGGCCUAAUUCUCAGAAAUGAGAGCUGCAAUUCCAACUACACCACUGACUUCAUCUUCAAUUUGUACUCGGAGGAAGGAAAAGGAGUUUUCGACUGCCGUAAGAACGUUCUCGGCCAUAUGCAGCAGGGUGGCACCCCCACUCCUUUUGACAGAAACUUUGCCACCAAGAUGGGUGCAAAGUCUGUGCUUUGGCUAACAGAGAAACUAAAGGAGUGUUUUAGACAUGGACGAAUCUUUGCCAACACUCCAGACUCUGCGUGUGUGUUGGGCAUGAAGAAGCGAGGCCUGAUGUUCCAGCCUCUGGCUGAUCUAAAGGAACAGACAGAUUUUGAACACCGUAUACCAAAGACCCAGUGGUGGUUGAAGCUGAGGCCCAUUAUGAAGAUCCUGGCCAAGUAUAAGAUUAACCUGGACACAUCUGAGCAUGCUCUGAUGGAACAUGUCAUCAAGAAAGCUGCUGUAAACAUGUCCCUCUCAAAGUAAACAUUAUUAGGAAUAAUGGUGGACGGUUGUGUUUCCUACACAGAGCAUGUCAUUUUACAAACUUGGGAAAUUACUAAUGUCUUUGAAUGUGUUAAAUCCAUUUAGUCUUAUUUUAUUUAUUCACCUGUGUUAUUUCCUUUGCAUUUUGUUCUAUAUUGUGUUAUUUACGCAAUAAAGACUGUGAAUGAGUAUAAACAACUGCA